AUGUCUUCCCUCCCACUCCCAGAGAACCUCCAACCCGCCGACUCACCCUUCACCUUCCACCCAUCCCUGGCUCGCGAUCCGGACCUGGCGGCGCAGUUUCUACAGUCCGACUUUGCGGCCCGGGACCGCGUCAUGGCGCACAAGCACGCGCGCAACGGCGUCCUCGCCACUUUGGCCGCAAACUUCCCGCCUCGAGACCCGAUCCCCGAUGGACAUGCGGGACUUGAGAAGCCUGAGAAGGGAAGCCUAGCGGCGACUGUGCAUGAUGGCAUGAAGGUGAGUGCGGAAGAAAGGGAGAGCGAGGGGAAUUUGGUGGUUGACGUGAACAAGACGGAGUCGUCGUCUUCAGGUAGGUGGGCCAAGUUUGGUGGUCCUCCUCCUCCUCCUGCUUCCGUUCGUGGCGAGGGGUGGAAUAUUGGCGAUUCCGUGCCUGCUGACGCUAAGAGUAAAAUAAGGGCUAUUGGAAGACGGCAAUAA